AUGGACAACAUUCUGCUGCUCUCAGACAGCUACAAGGUCAGCCACUGGCGUCAGUACCCUCCAGGGACGCAGUACGUCUACAGCUACUUCGAAAGCCGCGGCUGCGAUCGAGAGGGCUGGGAUGAAGUUUGCUUUUUCGGCCUGCAGUACUUCUUGAAGCGCUACCUGAGUGGGAAGGUGGUUACCCGAGAGAAGAUUGAUGCAGCGACAAAGAUCUAUUCGCAGCACUUCGGUGAUGGAACAAGUGAGAAUCCAGAGCUAUUUUACAAGGAGGGCUGGGAGUACAUUCUCGAGAAGCAUGGUGGCAAGCUGCCAGUCAAGAUCAAGGCGCUCCCAGAGGGCACUGUGGUCCCGACGAAGACCGUGCUCAUCACAGUGGUUAACACAGACCCCGCCUGCUACUGGCUCACAAACUUCCUGGAGACGCUACUGGUGCAGGUCUGGUACCCCAUGACCGUUGCGACCAACAGCCGCUACCAGAAGUUGUCCAUCCAACAGUACUUGGAGGAGACCGGCUGUGAAGACUGGGCCCCUCCUGGAGGUUCCUCGUUCAAGCUGCACGACUUCGGCUUCCGAGGAGUCUCAUCAGUGGAGUCAGCCGCGCUGGGUGGCAUGGGCCAUCUAAUCAACUUUAUGGGAUCUGACACCGUGAUUGCUCUCUCUGCCGCGCAAGAGUACUAUGGUGCCAAGAAGGCCGUUGGAUACUCUAUUCCAGCAUCGGAGCACUCCACGAUCACGUCCUGGGGGGUUGAGGGCGAGCUCGAUGCCAUGCGAAACAUGCUGGACCAGUAUCCGACAGGCCUCGUCGCCUGUGUGAGCGACUCCUUCGACGUCUUCAAAGCUUGCAGGGAAUACUGGGGCGGUGAACUCAAAGAGAAGAUCAAAGGUCGCAUCAGUGAGAGCAGUUUUGGCCAGCUCGUUGUUCGACCCGACAGCGGAGAUCCGGAAGAGACCUGCGUUGCCAUCAUGAAGAUCCUUCUCGAGUGCUUCGCGGAGGAUGUCAGCCGAACGGGGGCGUUUUGCACGGGGCCUCCGACCACUGGCUCAAGGUUAGGACGCCGAGAAGCCUUAGGCUUGUUCGGCGAGAAGAUGCAAGAGCAGCUUAGAGCUGCAGCUGGCGAGGAACCCCUUAUGCGACAGGCGGGCAAGGCAACUCAGAACGCCAAACGACGGAGGCUCCAAGUGCAGGGGCUCUCCGUGCAAGUGCUUGGGAACACCGGAGUGGAGAGUUCUGAGGAAUCCCAGGCGCCUCGGCCCCUUAGUACGCAAGAUGUGAACAACUACGUACCCAGCCCCGAUCGGGGUAGGGAGCCUUUCCCAGAGCGGGAUGAGGGUGGAGAGAGCGAAGAAGAGGCAGCCGGCGACGAGUGCGAGAAGGAGACCUUGUGGUCUCCCACGGAGCCGGCCACGUCAGAAGACUUGGCCCGACUCGGCCGACACAGCGAGAUGAAGGCAAAAGAGGAAGCACAGGCACCGGAAGCGCCCGCAGCGGAGGAGGAGGAGGAGGCCGAGCAGAACAGACAGCAGGCGGAGCUUAACAAAAGGGCUCUGGCUGAGCAAGAGAAGCAGAACAACCACAUGCUCCGGCCCGCCUACGGCAAGCCAUGCAGUGAAAAGGGCCAAAGCUUUCAGAAGACCGUGCCCAUCCAUGGGUCGGGUAUUGCAAGUGGACCACGACCCAUUGAUGUGCACGGCAGCAAGAGAGGCAAGAAGACUUUCCCGCGGGUUCGUGACCAGGAUGUCACCGAGACCAAGUGCCCCGGCUCGGUGACUGGACACAAGCUGCUCCCGCCAUGCAUCCGCGUGAUUCAGGGCGACGGUGUUGAUUACGAGUCCAUUCCGAAGAUUUUGAAGCGCUUCAAGGAAGAGGGCAUCGCUGCGGCAAACAUCACGUUCGGAAGUGGUGGCGCCUUGUUGCAGAAGGUCAAUCGCGACACAUUCAAGGUCGCGUUCAAGUGCGCCGAAAUCGUGCUCGAGAACGGCGAGGCCAGAGACGUCUUCAAGGAUCCGCUCACUGACGACGGCAAGGCUUCCAAAAAAGGCCGACUAACUCUGCAGAAGGCGUCGGACAUCGUCAGCUACUCCCCGGAAGAUGUGUACAAGCCGCGACAAGGGCCAGACGGUGUGAAGGGCGGUACUGGCCACCUGCACUUCACCCCAGAUGGCAAAUACGUCACCGUGGCAAGCGGCAGGGGUGAUCCAGAAAAAGACCUUCUGGUGGAUGUCUUCGCAGACGGCGAGGUGCUCAAGGAUUACAAGAUCGGCGAAAUUAGAAAGCGUGCCGACGUUCCAAAUGGUCCCUUCAUAAAUUUGCCGGAGGAGCCUGAGGAGCUUGAGCCAGUCAAGCAGGUUCCGGCUGAGCCUCAGGCAAGAAUUCUGGUGCCAGGCCAGGGCAUGGCAAGGUCUGUUGUCGCCCCGACGUACAUCUCCAACAUGCCCCUCCAACGCUUUCCCUACAUGCCGGGUCAGGGUGUCGUAAUGAUGCCGCCUGGGGCGGCCAAGGUUGGGACGGUCAUACAACACCCGAGCUUUGUGGCCGCACCGCAGGUGAACCGUCCUAGCUUUGUCGCUGCUCCUCCUGCCGCGCCUGGCCAGCCUGUAGCUCGACCGGCCAUGCCACAGAUGGCGCCGAACUUUGUGAAUGCGCCACGCGUAGUUGCAGCACGCCCUAGCUACGUUGCGGGGCCGAUGACCACCACGGGGCAGAUCCCUCUGCAGGCCACGAUGCGACCAGGAGUCAUCAUGAACGCCGGCACCAUUCCACAGAGGAGUGCCUCUGUUGGCUUCGGUAUGGGUAACGUCGUGCAGCGGGCAAACUGA